UCACCACUCUUUUGAUUCUUAUCAAAACCUCCAUCUCACGAUUUCAAUCCCAUUAUAAUAUGGCAUCACUUGUUUAAUUUCAAGAAAACCCAUCUGGGUUCUCUUCCAAAACCAUACAUUUCAAAGACUAAUAUUCUAACAUUUACUGAAAUCACAAGUUCAUAAUGGGAACUGGUUCAUCAAAGAACCCUGACAGUAGCUCUCAUGGCAGUGGAGAAGAUAAAGAAGAUCAUGGCGGUGGUCAACUCUAUGUCUCUCUGAAGAUGGAGAAUUACAAACUCAAAGGAGAUCUUGUUCCUCAUGUUUACGGCUCUGUUCCUCUCGUUGGCUCUUGGGAUGCCUCAAAAGCUCUUUCAAUGGAACGCGAGUCGACCUCAAUGUGGGAAUUGAGUUUUGUUGUCCCUCCUAAUCAUGAAACCUUGGACUUCAAGUUCUUAUUGAAGCCCAAAUACAACAAUGUGCCAUGCAUAGUGGAGGAAGGCACAAACAGGCAGUUCAUGGGAGGAACUUUGCAAGGGGAUGCAAGAUUGGCUGUUUUUAAGUUCAACUUAGACGAGGUUCUCGAGUAUAGGGUAUUCAUUAAGGCCAACAAGGUUUCACCCUUUGAUCUUGCUGCUAGUUGGAGAGCUUAUCAAGAAAAUCUUGCGCCCUCGACUGUUCGUGGGAUUCCUGAUGUUAGCAUAAAUUCAUUGCCGGAGGAUGUUGAGAAUGGCUCUUCAACCAGUUUGGAUCUUGAUCUUGAACAAUAUCUAGUCCCAGCUCCACCAACUUCUGUGGUUUAUGCUGCCAAUUUGACCGAGACUCCAAGGUCUUUAAAGCGUGGAGGGGUGUUUUCCAAUGCUGAAUCUUCAUCCAAAGAUGUGGGCGUUUCCGUUGAUCGUCCUGCAACCAUAAAGGAAAUGGAAGUUGUUAUUCCGGAUCCUCCUAAGCUCCUUCCUCUUCCUGGCAUGGUCGAAUCGAAGUCAGUGGGUACAUUCUCAUCAUUACAGAAACAAGAUAGUCACCGAGGAAUUUUUGUGGAUAGAGGUGUGGGAUCUCCUCGGCUAGUCAAAUCAGCCAGUGCAAAUACUUUGACUACCGGCACUAAAUCGAAUUCGGGAGCUAAGAACUCGAUGCCAGCGGCUGCCGGGGCGGUUGCGGCUGCGGCUGUUGCUGAUCAAAUGCUUGGACCAAAAGAAGAUAUGCAUCUGGCUAUUGUUUUGGUUGGCUUGCCGGCUCGUGGCAAAACUUUUACCGCCGCUAAACUUACAAGGUAUCUCCGUUGGUUAGGUCAUGACACUAAACACUUCAAUGUUGGCAAGUAUCGACGGCUCAAGCAUGGAACUAAUCAGAGUGCUGAAUUUUUUCGGGGUGACAAUCCAGAAGGCAUGGAAGCCCGCAAUGAGGUAGCAGCUCUGGCUAUGGAUGACAUGACGGCCUGGAUGCAAGAAGGUGGUCAGGUAGGAAUAUUUGAUGCCACAAACAGCACUAGCAAGCGAAGGAAUAUGCUUAUGAAACUGGCGGAAGGCAAGUGCAAGAUCAUAUUUUUGGAAACAAUUUGCAAUGAUCGGCAGAUAAUUGAAAGAAAUAUACGACUCAAGAUUCAACAGAGUCCCGAUUAUGCUGAAGAGCCAGAUUUUGAAGCCGGAUAUCAAGAUUUCAAACGACGACUUGAUAAUUAUGAGAAGAUCUAUGAGCCGGUUAAUGAAGGAUCAUAUAUUAAAAUGAUCGAUAUGGUUAGUGGCCAUGGCGGACAAAUACAAGUGAACAACAUCAGCGGUUACCUUCCCGGACGGAUUGUGUUUUUCUUGGUGAAUACACAUUUGACUCCAAGACCCAUUUUGCUUACAAGGCAUGGUGAGAGUCGUGAUAAUGUGAGAGCAAGAAUAGGCGGAGACACUGCCUUGAGCGGAAACGGCGAGCUUUAUUCAAAAAAGCUUACUAAUUUUGUCGAGAAGCGACUAAAAAAUGAACGGGCUGCUUCCAUAUGGACAAGCACAUUGCAGCGAACAAUUUUGACAGCAAAUCAAAUUGCUGGAUUCCCAAAGGUACAAUGGCGUGCACUCGAUGAGAUAAAUGCCGGUGUAUGUGACGGUAUGACAUACGAAGAAAUAAAGAAGAAUAUGCCCGAAGAAUACGAGUCACGGAAGAAAGAUAAACUCAGGUUUCGGUAUCCUCGUGGAGAAUCUUAUCUCGAUGUGAUACAAAGGUUGGAGCCGGUUAUCAUUGAGCUCGAACGGCAACGUGCACCAGUCGUGGUUGUAUCCCACCAGGCCGUUUUGAGAGCGUUGUAUGCGUAUUUUGCUGAUCGGCCAUUGAAAGAGAUUCCGCACAUAGAGAUGCCGCUUCAUACGAUCAUCGAGAUACAAAUGGGCGUGACGGGGGUACAGGAGAAAAGAUACAAACUCAUGGAUUGAUGGCCGAAUGGAGAUGCCGGAAUGGAUUCUUGAUUCCGGUUUUAAGUUGAAAAGAAUUCAAGAAACAUAUUAUGUUGAAAAAAUAUAUUCAAGAACGAUUUGUUUAUGGGAGAAUUUCCUGAUUAAUUAUAUGUCUUUAAUUCAAAAUUUCAAAAUUAUACGCAAAACAAUUGAAUUUCACUUCUUAUAAAAACAAAAAGCAUUUUAUCU